CCGCGCUCGGCUCCGCUCCCCGCCCCGCGCGGGCAUGGGGCGCCCGCGCCGCCGCCGCCGCCGCUGCCGCCGCUGAGCAUGGCCGAGCGCUGGCCCUGGGGCUCGCGGCGGCCCUGCCCGCGCCGCGCCGUCAGCGUGUGCGAGUCGCUGGACCUGCAGGGCGUCCCGGCCGUGCAGGCCGCGCUCACGGCGGCCCAGCAGCAGAAGCGGCGGCCCAAGAGCUUCUGCGCCGCCGGCAACGGGCUGGGGCCCGGGGGGCUGCCGGCCGCCGCGCCCCCCGCCCGCGCCCGCAGCGCCCUGCUCGACUUCUUCAGGCCGCGGCGGCAGGGCCACGCGGAGCGGCCCGAGGACGCGGCCCCGGCGCUGGCCCCCGGCAGCGGGGCCUUCCCGCCCGCCGAGACCCCCGGCUUCCUCCGCCGCGGCUCGCUGUGGGGCAGCCGCCGCUGGCAGCUCUUCGGGGGCGGCGGCCGGGGCGGCCCGGGCCCCCGGAGGAACCUCAGCUCCCUGCGCAAGAGCUUCAGCUUCCGCCUGCGCCGGGGCCACGAGCUGCGGCGCUCGGCGUCGGGGGCCCUGCUGCGCCCCGCGCGCCUCCGCACCAAGAGCGAGGGCGACGCCGCCUCCCUGCACGCCUGCCCCAGCAAGCGGGACCUGCUCUGCCCGGAGCUCGCCGCACCCGGCGCCCAGCUGCCCUCGCAGCCCACGGGGCUCUGGAGGCUCCUCACCGGCCGCUUCCGACGGCGCGAGCGCGGCACGGCCCCCGUCGCCCGACCCGGGGACGCCCGUGGUGGUGCCGAGCCGGUGCUCCUCGGCGGCCCGCUGCGAGCCCUGGAUUCGUUUGUGAACAGCCAGGAAUGGACCUUGAGUCGCUCGGUGCCUGAGCUGAAAGUGGGCAUUGUGGGGAACCUGUCCAGCGGCAAGUCGGCCCUUGUGCACCGCUACCUGACUGGCACCUACGUGCAGGAGGAGUCUCCGGAAGGUGGUCGAUUUAAGAAGGAGAUCGUAGUGGAUGGUCAGAGUUACUUGCUGCUGAUUCGUGAUGAAGGGGGCCCCCCUGAACUCCAGUUUGCUGCCUGGGUCGAUGCCGUGGUGUUUGUCUUCAGCUUAGAGGAUGAAAUCAGCUUCCAGACAGUGUAUAACUACUAUCUGCGGCUCUGCAGCUACCGGAACACGGCGGAGGUGCCGAUGGUGCUGGUGGGCACGCAAGAUGCCAUCAGUGCCACGAAUCCCCGAGUCAUUGAUGAUUCCCGAGCACGGAAGCUCUCCAAUGAUUUGAAGCGCUGCACGUACUACGAGACCUGUGCUACCUACGGACUGAACGUGGAGCGAGUCUUCCAGGACGUGGCUCAGAAGGUGGUGGCUCUACGGAAGAAACAGCAGCUUUCCAUCGGUCCCUGCAAGUCCUUGCCCAAUUCACCCAGCCAUUCGUCUGUCUCUGCGGCCUCCAUUCCUUCUGUUCACAUCAACCAGGCCACCAACGGCGGAGGAGCCUUCAGCGACUACUCCUCCUCCGUGCCCUCCACACCCAGCAUCAGCCAGCGGGAGCUGCGGAUCGAGACCAUCGCUGCCUCCAACACCCCCACGCCCAUCCGCAAGCAGUCCAAGCGCCGCUCCAACAUCUUCACGUCUCGAAAGGGCGCAGACCCGGAGCGGGAGAAGAAGGUGCCGGAGUGUAAAGCGGACAGUAUCGGCAGCGGGCGGGCCAUUCCCAUGAAGCAGGGCAUUCUGCUCAAACGCAGCGGCAAGUCUCUCAACAAAGAGUGGAAGAAGAAGUACGUGACGCUGUGUGACAACGGAGUCCUCACCUACCACCCCAGCCUGCAUGAUUACAUGCAGAACGUCCACGGGAAGGAGAUCGACCUGCUGAGAACGACGGUGAAGGUGCCAGGCAAGCGCUUACCCAGGGCGACGACGGCAGCAGCUCCCAGCGCCAGCCCCAAAGCCAAUGGGCUGGCGAAGGAGAGGAGCAGCACCCAGCUCGCGGGAAGCACAGGCGCCCCGCACUCGGCCAGCAGCACCUCGCUGCACUCGGAGCGCUCCCUCAGCGGCAUCAACCUGGUGGGCUUCAGCUCCAAGCCGGACGGCAUGCACCAGCGCUCCUACUCCGUCUCCAGUGCCGACCAGUGGAACGAGGCCGUGGCCGUCCCCAGCGGCUGCCCCAACCCCCCGAACGGCACUGCCGAUUCCCUCAGCUCCAGCCCAAACGUUUCCAACGCUGCCAGCCCGAAGCUGGAGCCACCUCCGUCGCCGCACGCGAACAGGAAGAAACAUCGCAGGAAAAAGAGCACGGGGACCACUCGGCCCGAUGGCCCCAGCACGGCAGCAGAAGAACCAGAUGAGCCAUUCGAGUUCAUUAUCGUGUCCCUGACGGGCCAGACGUGGCUCUUUGAGGCCUCAUCAUCGGAGGAGCGAGAGCUUUGGGUCCAGGCCAUUGAGAGCCAGAUCCUGGCCAGCCUGCAGGGCUGUGAGAGCAGCAAAAACAAGGCUCGGCUGGGCAGCCAGAGCGACGCGCAGGCCAUGCAGGCCGUCCGCACGGCGCGGGGGAACAGCUUCUGCGUGGACUGCGAUGCCCCAAAUCCGGACUGGGCAAGCCUGAACCUGGGCUCCCUCAUGUGCAUUGAGUGCUCCGGGAUCCAUCGCAACCUGGGCACCCACCUGUCCCGCGUGCGCUCCUUGGACCUGGACGACUGGCCCGGCGAGCUCCUCAUGGUCAUGACGGCCAUCGGCAACGCCCUUGCCAACGCCGUUUGGGAGGGCGCGGUGGAGGGCUACCCCAAGCCCACCCCGGAGAGCAGCCGGGAGGAGAAGGAGCGCUGGAUCCGGGCCAAGUACGAGCAGAGGCUCUUCCUGGCCCCGCUGCCGCAGUCGGACAUCCCGCUGGGGCAGCAGCUGCUGCGGGCGGUGGUGGAGGACGACCUGCGCCUGGUGGUGACGCUCCUGGCCCACGGCACCAAGGAGGAGGUCAACGAGACCUACGGGGACGGGGACGGGCGCACGGCGCUGCACCUCUCCUGCGCCAUGGCCAACGUGGUCUUCACGCAGCUGCUCAUCUGGUACGGGGUGGACGUGAGGAGCCGGGACGCGCGGGGGCUGACGCCGCUGGCCUACGCCCGCCGGGCCGGCAGCCAGGAGUGCGUCGACAUCCUGCUGCAGCACGGCUGCCCCGGCGACGGCUCCGGCGCCGCGCUGACGCCCAGCCUGCCCCGCCGCAACGCCAACGCCAACAACAACGCCUGCGCCCCAGCGCCCGCCGAGCCCGGCCCCGGCCCCGGCCCCGGCCCCGUCUAGCUGCCCGGCCGCCGGGAGCCGGGGAUGCUGCCGCGUCCCGCGGGCGCGCGGGGGGACCGGUACGCCCCCGCGCAGCGGUGCUACGGUGCCUUGGGAAGCAGGCGUCGCGGCCAGGCGCCCGGUGGUGCCCGGGACCCGGCUGCUCCGUGUGCCCGAGCCCCGAGCCGGGCGCGGGGUCGCCGUCGACCGCGCUGGCCCCGCUGCUGCCGGCGGGGCCGGUCUCCAGCCGGGCGGUGGCCGGGUCUUCGCGGCGUCCGGGCCCGGCGGCACCGAGCGCUGGAGCCCGAGGCUUGGGACGCUGCUGCGGCGAGUCCCCGUCACUUGUGUAUAAAAUGUACAUUGGAAAUAUUUAUAUGGACACUCUGUAUAUACUGUUCCUCUGCCAUGAGUUGCCCUGUGUGUGUGACCUGCAGCCCAGGAGAUAAAGGCCAAUAAAGCAACCCACCUCCUGCCA